AUGUUUUUGUGGCGGCCGCCGCCAGGGAGAAACGGGGAACCCGCCGCCAACCAAGGAGAAGCUUGGGUUUGCCCCUCUCACGCCCUUCGUCGGCGACCGACGAAGUCGCCGGAGCUCUCCUCUUCCUCUCCUCCACCCCUUUCCUCCGGUCUCACGCCAUCGACGCCGCCUAGGAGAGGGCGUUUUCACCGCUGCCAGGGAGAAAUCGAGCACCGCCGUCGCGUACGGCGUCCAGCGCCGCCUCCUACUCCGGUGUCACCUCCUCCAGCAGCCGCCAGCGUCUCCAUCCGCCACGGCCUCCUCCGGCGACUGCCACAGCCGCCGCCGGCAGCCACCGCUGCCUUCCCCCGCGGCCACAGUGGAUAUCGUCACCUUCCAGAUAGCCGCAGCUCGGCUGCAUCGGAUUCUGUGCCGCCACCAUUAGAUUUGACUUCUCAGCGGGUUCACACCCAUCUACUUGUCACGACCGCGACGAUUUGA